AUGCGGCGAGAUGCUGGCUGCUGGUCUGAUGGCUAUUCGUUUUCGACGUGUUGCUUUGCACAGCACCGUCCUUGCUUUGAUGAGCUUUUUACUUUUGAGAGAUGCUGCCUGGUCCCAAUAUCUGAAAUCCGGGACGAACUGGCUCAGUUUCACCUGUCCUGGUUGUCGAGUUCAGGCGGCAUUUCCAACCUGGAUCAUGUUUGCGGUGCCAGCGCCUGCUCCGUGUUCAGAACAUGGACGAAAAGCCGUGGGGGGCGCGUGCCACAUCGGAAGGGAAAGGUUUUGCACCAACGUGCCAUACAUUAUUUGAAGCAGUUGCGGAAGCCGUUCAGGAACUUCACUGGCUUGGCCGGCCAGCUCCUGCCAGCGAUCGCCCAACUGCUUGCCUAUUAUUCUGCACGUCUUACUUUGCUCGAUACUCGGUCUGUAUCCUGGGGCUUUCCACCUGCAAAAGUUGCGACUCCUUCAGCUAAGUGGCUCUUGAAGCAAGAAGCUCGAACGUGGAAGCGGCUGCGCGAUUCCAUCAAGCUUGCCCGAAGCGGGCAAUUCGAGAUCUGUUCCUGUGCAGGGCAAGGUUAUGAUGUGCUCCUUGCUUCGCGCGACAACGUGAAACGGCUUUGGUUGCAUCACCCACAUUUUGUGGAGUCCCUUGUUGAUCCAAACCAGCAAGCACAUCACUUUUCCGUGAUGCAGUCUUGUGUCGAUUCCGAGGAGAUGCUAGUAGCUUUUUCAAACUUCGAGCUGACACUCUCAAAGACAAACUGUGUGGCCGGUGAUGUGGCCACUAACAUGGCCAUUGCGCAAGCUUGCUUGCUUCAGCGACAGUGGGCCAGAGCUGCUGAACUAUAUUUUCUCUCGUUUGCUUUAGUUGUUGCAGCGCCCUGGACCGACUGCCUGGAUCAGAAGUUUUGGGACAUCUCGGCGGAAGAUGUGGUCUACAAUGUAGCCCGCCUUGCGGGGCUGGCAGGGGCGAAGAUGCAGGAUGAUGCCUUCUUGACGCCAGCAGAAGCCGUCAGAAUGCUUGGCUGGAGACAAAGCCCCAGUGGCCCCAGUGCGAGGAGUGCGGGGAGUGCGAGGAGUGCGAGGCUGCUGCCCUGGACCGGAAGGCAUUGCAAGGGUCCCAGGGUGCUCUCCAGAGCGUGUCUCGGUCGCGGCCAACUCCAUGUCCUCCCGGAAGAUUUCGAAGGUGCUUCUGCUGCGCUCUGCUCGGAGUUCGGAGCCUUUGAUACCACGCCGUGGAUUUCAACCCUGGGCUCGGCCGAGGAGCGGCGUGGUCAAAGCCGCGAGCUGCUUCCUGGUUCGCUUUAUGUGUUUCCAGUUGGCACGCCUUACCCGAACCUUUGGCAUGCACUACACUGGUGGGUACCUACACUGGCACUCAAGCAGGAGCACGGUUGGGACCCGUCCCAUACACACGUAGGCAUUGUUUUUGACAGCAAACUUCGAAAUGGACAACGGUGGGACGUCGACCGGCCCUUCAGCACGGACACGGAAAGGUUUCUGUCCUUUCAUGAUGCCAUCCUGCGGCUUUUGUCCCACCAUCCCAUACGCUUUGUAGCGCACGAGGUGAAUAUGUCGUGUUUCACAGCAGCCACUGUUGGAUUUCGCUCCUUCCGAUAUGAUAUGGUUACCACGCAGAUCAGGCAUCAAGAUCUGGAAGCUUUCCGCAAUAGCUUUCAUGCAGCUGCCAACAUGCAAAGGGGGCCAUCUGAACUUGAGAAAGGAUUGAAUGGAUUUUUGCCGCGCGUGUUGAUGAUACAGCGAGAGCCAGGACAAGCGCGCUCCAUCACAAACUUGGCCAAAAUGCAAAGCAUCCUGCGGCGAAACCCUGACUUCGUGACGGACAUUCAGCAAUUGGAAUCAUCUUCUCUUUUGGAGCAGUUCUCCAUGGUGUCGCAGACCAGCGUUCUGGUUGGAGCGCAUGGUGCUGGCCUGGCGUGGAUGGUGGCCAUGGAGCCUGGUUCCGCGGUGGUGGAACUCAUGCCGGGCAACUUGCCUCGCUUCGUUGUGUGCGUGGAGGGUUGGAACCACCUCCGAAACCAGCGGCACAGCAUCUACGGCGGGCUGGCCCUUCUGUCAGGCAUGGAUGAACAAGCGAUUCGCACCAGCUACUCGCUGCGUAUGUGGGUACCGGAUCACAUGGUGGCUAUUGCAGCAGGAGGAAAGCUUCAGGAGCCAACUUGCACCGAUAAUGGCCACCGAGAGUUCAAUUUUGCUUUCGACUGGCCAAUGCCGGCACGAGCACUCACCUUCCUUGCGGGAAGUUUCGGCCAAGUUGCAGGAAAAUUCGCCACGUUCCUUGGAUUGUGUUGA